AUGGUGAAUAAAGACCUCUUAAAUAUGGAUGAUGACAUAAUCAAGUUCUCCGUGUCAUGGUUUGUAUCUAGGGUUGCAGAUAUUGGAAUAAGACAAGUAAUAAGCAGUUGGAACAAUCACACUAUUCCAGGUCAACAUAGACACACCCUACUCUAAAGGUUACAUCUACUUAAGUACAAAAUGUUCUUUCAAGCACCAGAAAAUGGAAAGUAAAGCUCCCUAUUUAAAAAUACCACAUCAUUCAAAUCAUAAAGAUCUUAAAUUGCUGGUAGAACUGUAGUCUUAAAGUUCAUAUAUUGGUAAUAAUAUAUCAAUAUAAUCCAUAUUAUUAAUCAUACGGUUGUUGAGCCAUGUUUUUAUCUGCAUUUUCAAACAGGAAAGGGAGUUUCAAAAAAACGCACAAUGGACAAUAACAAGACUUUUGUUCUCCCAUCUAUACACAUACUUCCCACAAGUGCAGCAGCUGUUGCUGCUUAUGAAAGUGAAGGUGGUCAUGUGACUCUUCCUGAAGUGUUUGGGGUUGACCUCCUAACUGGAAACCAGGAGCUCCAGAAACUGCGUGAUGAUAACUUCAAAGCCAUUUAUCUCACCUUUGAUGGUUUCUUCCAUAGUCUAGUAAAUGGCAACCAUCACCCUCUCCAACAAGGGUUACUUUUUUCCAUUGACCAAACAACAGCAUUAAAUCCAAACUGA